UUCCGGUGUGGCCUCGGUUGUGGCGAGGAACGGUCUGUGGGCAGGAGCCGCUGCGACAGCCGCCAUGCCAGCCAAGGCGGGCGACAAGCGCCGGCAGGGCCAAAGCAGACCUUCAGGAGGAAAGGCAGCAGCACCGAGGCCUGCUAAAGCAGUAUCUAAAAAACGGGAUGAUGAUGCCUCCACUGAAGCAGGAGAAGGAGGAGAUGAAUGUGCAGGAAAGUCUCAAGCCAAACCCUCAGAUCAACUGGAACUGACUGAGGCUGAAUUAAAAGAGGAAUUUACACGUGUCCUGACAGCUAAUAAUCCCCAUGCUCCCAAGAAUAUCGUCAGAUACAACUUUACAGAAAGAGCAUACUGUCCGUUGAGUUAUAUUGAUCACAUGGCCAUUCACUUUUCUUUGAAUGGAAACAUGAUACACAAAGAUUCAGAUGAAGGCAGACGUCAGAGUAUCAGAUCAAGCACUGGAUCAGAAAAGGCUCCUGAUGAGACAUCUACUGUAACAUCUGAACAGGCAGAGGUAAAAGAUGAAGAAAGUGCAGGAGAUACUCAGGCUGCAGAAGAGGAGCAGGAGGAAGAGGCACCAGUAACAGAAGAAGUAGCUGAGCCAGCAGAGGCAGAAGAGCCUCCACCCCCAAAAGUGGCAGAGAAGAAGCUUGCAAACCAGUUCAACUUCACUGAGAGAGCUACAAGGACAAUUAGCAACCCUAUGCGGGAAAAAGCAUGUCAGUCGGAGCCUACACCUCGUGAAGUUUUCUCAGCCACUGCUAACCAGUGGAUUAUCUAUGAUGCCUAUAUGGAGGAGCUUCAGAAAAUAGAAAUGUCAAAAGAGAAGGAAAAACCAAAAGCUCAGACAGCAAAGAAAGAAGAGAAGAAGAAAGGAAAAAAGUUAACCUCUCUGGAGUCACAGCAGAGUGAUGAUAUAAACAAGAUCUCAAAGGCUGCUAAGAUAGUGGAGCGGAUGGUGAAUCAGAACACAUUUGAUGAUAUUGCACAAGAUUUUAAAUAUUUUGAGGAUGCUUCGGAUGAAUACAGAGAUCACCACGGAACCCUCCUUCCACUCUGGAAGUUCCAGUAUGACAAGACCAACAAGCUGGCAGUGACUGCCAUCUCCUGGAAUCCAAAGCACAAGGACCUAUUUGCAGUGGGAUAUGGCUCCUAUAACUUCAGGAAGCAGGGCCAGGGCAUGCUCCUGCUCUACACCAUGAAGAACCCCUCCUUCCCAGAAUAUGUCUUCAGAAGUGAGAGUGGUGUCAUGUGCCUGGACUUCCAUAAUGACCACCCCUACCUCCUGGCAGUGGGCUUCCAUGAUGGCAAUGUGGCUAUCUACAACCUAAAGAAGGCAACCUCCCAGCCCAGCUACAAGAGUAGUGCUAAGUCAGGAAAGCACACAGAGCCAGUGUGGCAGGUCAAGUGGCAGAAGAAUGACAUGGACAACAAUUUGAACUUCUUUUCUAUCUCCUCAGAUGGACGCAUUGUUUCAUGGACUUUAGUUAAGAAUGAGCUGGUUCACACAGAUGUCAUCACGCUGUCACAAGAGGGAACAAUGAUGAAGGGGCCAGAGGAGCUGCAGCUGCAAGUGUUUGGCUGUGGGACAUCGUUUGAUUUUCACAAAAAGAUAGACUAUUUGUUUCUCGUUGGUACUGAAGAGGGAAAGAUCUAUAAGUGUUCAAAACACUAUUCAAGCCACGUCCUGGAUGUGUUUGAUGCCCAUCAGAUGGCUGUGGACUCAGUCAGCUGGAAUCCCUACCACUUGAAAAUAUUCAUUUCCUGCAGCUCUGACUGGACAGUCAAAAUCUGGGACCACACCAUCAAGGCUCCAAUGUUUUAUUUUGACCUGAAUUCUGCUGUAGGGGAUGUUGCAUGGUCCCCUUAUUCCUCCACAGUCUUUGCUGCAGUCACCGCUGAUUGCAAGGCCUAUGUGUUUGAUCUGAGCAUUAAUAAGUAUGAACCCCUCUGCACCCAGCUAGUGGUGGCCACGAAGAACAAUAAAAUAACCCAUAUUCAGUUUAACCCUGUCUACCCUGUUGUCAUCAUUGGAGAUGAACGAGGCCAUGUUACCUCCUUGAAGCUCUCUCCCAAUCUGCGCAAGAUGCCCAAGGCAAAGAAAGGCCAGGAGAUCAAGAUGGGUCCCGAGGUGGAAAUUGCAAAGCUGGACAAGCUGCUUAACCUGAUGAGAGACCCAGAGAGCAAGGCAGAGGAGUGAGUGGAGGGAAGGAUGGCUCUGCCAGGGGCUGCUGGCUGAACAAGCCCAGCUUUGAUCAGUGGCUGCAUGCCACGGGCCCCAUGCCACCCGCUCUUUGCAUAGCGGGAACAGUUCUCCUCUGUGCCUGGACAAAUAAAAGGAGUUUCUGG